ACCUCCUCCAGCACCACUCGUACUGCUGACAUCCCUCAGCGAGCGAGUACAAUCCGGGCCUAUCCCUGUCUUGACUUCGGGCAUAUUCUUCAUGAAAUAUAAGCACGGAUAAGACAACGGAACAGCCAUCAUCUGAAGGACAUCGAAACACCUCAUUUAGUAGGUUAGUAUAUCUGUAGGCACGCAUCACCUCUAGAGCAAGAUGUUAGAUCCUUCGUCCAGCGAGGAGGAAUCUGAUGGGAUAGUGGAGGAGGAAAGCAAAGAGGCGAUGGCACCCCAGGCCGGAUCCCGCAUCUCUCCAAGCAGGACAAGCGAGAGCUCGGGUGGACUGGCUCCCAGCAGCAGCCGCAGCAGUGCCCGUCCGACCAGCCCGAGCCCGUCAGCUGUCAGCGAGGAGAAAGAGGAUCUGGAGAAGAUGCAUAGGGAAGAAGAAGACCGUAAAAAGAAGCUGCAGUUGUAUGUUUUUGUGAUGCGAUGCGUCGCUUACCCCUUCAAUGCAAAACAGCCCACAGAUAUGGCAAGGCGACAGCAGAAGAUAACCAAGCAGCAGCUUCAGCAGACCAAGGAUCGUUUCCAGGCCUUCCUCAAUGGAGACACACAGAUUGUGGCUGAUGAGGCAUUCAUCAAUGCUGUGCAGAGCUACAAUGAGGUGUUCCUAAAGAGUGACCGUGUGGCUAAGAUGGUCCAGAGCGGCGGCUUCUCGGCCAAUGAUUUCAGGGAAGUGUUCAAGAGGCACAUCGAGAAGCGCGUACGCAGCCUUCCAGAGAUUGAUGGUCUGAGCAAGGAGACGGUGCUCAGCUCCUGGAUGGCCAAGUUCGACACCAUCUACCGUGGUGACGAGGAUCCACGCAAGGCACAGCAACGCAUGACUGCCAGCGCGGCCUCUGAGCUGAUCCUCAGCAAGGACCAGCUGUACGAGAUGUUCCAGAAUAUCCUUGGCAUCAAGAAGUUUGAGCACCAGCUACUCUAUCAAGCCUGUCAGUUGGACAACCUGGAUGAGCAAGCUGCCCAGAUCAGAAGAGAGCUGGAUGGUCGUCUUCAGAUGGCAGACCAGAUUGCCAGGGGUGGGAAGUUCCCCAAAUUUGUGUCUAAAGAAAUGGAGGCCAUGUUCAUUGAGGAGCUUAAGUCCUCCGUGAAUCAGUUGAUGGCUAAUCUGGAGAGCAUGCCAGUGUCCAAGGGAGGGGAGUUCAAACUCCAGAAGAUGAAACGGGGACACAAUACCUCCAUCAUCGACAUGGGCCAGGAGGACGAGAACACACUGUCUAAGUCUGAUGUGGUUCUGUCCUUCACUUUGGAGGUGGUGAUCAUGGAAGUGCAGGGGCUGAAGUCUCUGGCUCCGAACAGGAUUGUCUACUGCACCAUGGAGGUGGAGGGAGGCGAGAAACUUCAGACCGACCAGGCAGAGGCAUCCAAGCCAACCUGGGGCACCCAAGGGGACUUCACCACCACACACCCUCUGCCUGGUGUCAAGGUGAAACUGUUUACAGAGAGCACAGGGGUGCUGGCACUGGAGGACAAAGAAUUGGGAAGGGUCGUCCUCCACCCGACUCCUAACAGCCCCAAGCAGUCAGAGCUCCAUAAGAUGACUGUGACCAAGGCGUGCCCCGACCAAGAUCUGAGGAUCAAACUGGCCAUACGUAUGGACAAACCUCAGAACAUGAAACACUGCGGGUAUCUGUGGGCUUUUGGAAAGAAUGUUUGGAAGCGCUGGAAGAAGCGUUUCUUUGUCCUUGUGCAGGUGAGUCAGUACACGUUUGCCAUGUGCAGCUACAGAGAGAAAAAGUCAGAACCCCAAGAGUUACUUCAGCUCGAUGGGUAUACAGUGGACUACAGUGACCCCCAACCAGGCUUGGAUGGUGGCAGGGCUUUCUUCAAUGCAGUGAAGGAAGGCGACACUGUGAUAUUUGCCAGUGACGAUGAGCAGGACCGCAUCCUGUGGGUCCAGGCCAUGUACCGAGCCACUGGCCAGUCCCACAAGCCUGUCCCACCCACUCAGGUCCAGAAACUUAACUCCAAAGGGGGUGCCUCGGCCCAAAUGGAUGCUCCUAUUUCUCAGUUCUAUGCUGACAGAGCUCAGAAACAUGGCAUGGAUGAGUUUAUCUCCGCUAACCCCUGUAGCUUUGACCACGCCUCGCUAUUCGAGAUGGUGCAGCGGCUCACAUUGGACCACAGGCUCAAUGACACCUUCUGCUGCUUGGGUUGGUUUAGUCCAGGCCAGGUGUUUGUCUUGGAUGAGUACUGUGCCAGGAAUGGAGUUCGAGGUUGUCACAGACAUCUGUGUUACCUGCGUGAUCUACUGGAAAGAGCUGAAAGUGGGGCUAUAAUUGACCCCACUCUUCUUCACUACAGCUUCGCUUUUUGUGCCUCUCAUGUCCAUGGGAACAGGCCGGACGGGCUGAGCACAGUGAAAGUGGAUGAGAAGGAGCGCUUUGAAGACAUCAAGGAGAGGUUGCGUGUGAUUUUGGAAAACCAGAUUGUAAAUUUCAGAUAUUGCUUCCCCUUCGGCCGUCCAGAGGGAGCACUGAAGGCAACAUUAUCUCUGCUGGAGAGGGUCCUGAUGAAGGACAUUGUGACCCCAGUCCCACCAGAAGAAGUCAAAGGAGUGAUCCGCAAAUGUUUGGAGCAGGCGGCUCAGCUCAACUACGAGCGGAUUAAAGAAUAUGCUACAAUUGAAGUUGAGAAAGGUCAAAAGGAUCAGAAGGAUCCAGAGAACGUAGGCCGCUUAGUCACGCCUGCCAAAAAGCUGGAGGAAACAAUUCGCCUGGCGGAGUUAGUCAUAGAGGUCCUCCAGCAGAACCAGGAACACCAUGCGGAGGCGGCAGUCACAAGUUCUGGAGAUCAAUCGGCAUUUGCGUGGUGGACAGACCUCAUGGUGGAGCAUGCAGAAAACUUCCUGGCCCUCUACGGCAUUGACAUGGAUGCCGCUCUGGAGAUCCAGUCCCCUGAGAGUUGGGACAGCUUCCCCCUCUUUCAACUUCUCAACGACUUCCUACGGACUGAUUAUCAUCUGUGCAAUGGAAAGUUUCACAAACACCUCCAGGAUCUGUACGCUCCUUUGGUGGUUAGAUAUGUGGAUCUGAUGGAGUCCUCCAUUGCACAGUCAAUUCAAGGUUUUGAUCGAGAGUCCUGGGAGCCUGUUAAGAGUUUAACAAGUAAUCUGCCCAAUGUGAAUCUACCAAAUGUGAACCUCCAAAUUCCCAAAGUACCAAAUCUGCCAGUGCCAGUAGCAGGACUAUCAGUUAACCUUCCACAAAUGCCUAGCUUUUCUACCCCGUCAUGGAUGGCUGCUAUAUAUGACUCUGAUAAUGGCUCUGGGACGUCGGAGGAUCUCUUCUGGAAGCUAGAUGCUCUCCAGACUUUCAUCAGGGACCUGCACUGGCCUGAGGACGAGUUUGCCAAACACCUCGAAAGUCGCAUCCAGCUCAUGUCGAGCAACAUGAUUGAGAACUGCGUCAAGCGCACUAAGAUGGCAUUUGAGUCCAAGCUGACAAAGAGCAGCAAGUCCACAGAUUUCCGCAUUUCUCCAACAUUAUGCACCAUGUUCAACGUGAUGGUGGAUGCCAAGGACCAAUCAGCUAAAUUGUGUGCAAUGGAGAUGGGCCAAGAGAAACAGUACCACACCCAAAUAGACGAGCUGAUUGAGGAAAGUGUGAAAGAUAUGAUCCAGUUUCUGGUUGCAAAGUUUGCUGCCAUUCUGGAUGGCGUGUUGGCCAAGAUUUCCAGAUACGAUGAAGGCACUCUCUUCUCUUCAUUCCUCUCAUUCACGGUGAAAGCUGCCUCUAAAUAUGUGGAUGUACCUAAGCCCGGGAUGGACGUGGCCGAUGGCUACGUGACCUUUGUGCGCCAUUCUCAGGAUAUGCUCCGUGAUAAGGUCAAUGAGGAGGUGUAUAUAGAAAGGUUAUUUGAUUCUCCUCAAUCUGCUUGUUACUAUGAUGCGGCCUACAUUUGGAAAUUUUCUGACAUUUCGGGACAGCAAUGGUACACUGCCACGAUGAACCUGCUGGGGACCUGGCUCACUGAACGCAUGGAUCAGCAGCUCCACGUCUACCAGCUAAAAAUCCUCAUCAGGAUUACAAAGAAAAAGUACCGGGACUUUCGCCUGCAGGGUGUCCUCGACUCCACCCUGAACAGCAAGAUGUACGACACGGUGCGCAACAGGCUGACCCUAGAGGAGGCAACUGCUUCAGUGAGGGAAGGAGGCAUGCAGGGCAUCUCCAUGAAGGACAGCGAUGAAGAGGAUGAAGACGAUGACUAGAGCCUGUACACUGACACUCCCGCCAUCUCACCUGAGCCCCCUCACCCUGACCCCCUUUCACACUUUUGACUUUAGCCUGGUUACCGAUGCAUGUACCAACUCAGAUAGCCACUCUAGGACCUCUUUGUCAGCUCGAAAUGCCUAUGAAGGAACUAUUAACUAUAAAAAUAGUACUUAUACUGAGGAAAAUAAAAUUAAAAAUGUUAAAAAAUAACCAUGAUUGGCAGUUUAGCUUGUGUCAUGAUAAAGAUAGCACCUAUCUUUGAUUCAUUCGUUUCGAAAUUCAUUUCUAUGUGUUACUAAGCAAUAUGGAGAACCAUUUGUUUGACGAUGUUGAGUGAGAUUAUUAGGUGUGUCCCUGUCCAAUGCAAACCUAUAUGGCGCUUCUUUGUCGUAUUCUACAUUCAUUAAUGGUACAUUGUCGUGAUGAUGAGUGUGUGGACCCUUUUAUUUGUCUUGUCUGUUUUUAAGUGAAUGCCAACUGCUUCAAACUGAAAAAUAAACCUCUGUAUUUGUUUACGGCUGUUACAGAUACAUUGUUGUCUAAUCACUGUUAUUAACAUCAACAGUUUACCUAGACCUGCAUUUCUAUCAUGUGUCAAUGCUAUGUGAUCUUAUCUCAAUUACUAAUUAGACAUGGUUCAACAGGAAUCAAUGAGUGGGUAUUCUAGAGAUGCAAUAUUCUCAUAGCUCCAUUUUGAUAACUUGGGAGAUUCUAUUUUUAUUUCAACAUUAAAAGACCUUGAAACAGGUUCUAUUUUAAUUGAGUUGCACUUUUACAGAGAAAAGAGCAAAAAUAUUUUUUUUUAUUAAAAAAAAAAAAAAGUUGGUCCUUCUUUGUUCUGUAAUUGUGUAGAAUGAGAUGUCUGGCAUUUGUUUGGGUCUCACUGUUGUUUUGUAUAUAUUAUAUAAAUAUAUAUAUAAAUAUAAAAUGCUGUACAUUGCAUUCUGAGCCAUCGCUGCAUGCCUGUGGGUUCCCACCCUCCCCAAACGCUUUCUGUUUUCUGUGUGAAUUAGCUGGUGGAUUCAUUCUUGCUUUUGCCUUAUGAAAGCUAACAGUUGUAAUAUGCAAGAGCUGUGGCUUCUAAAUAAAAAUUACUGUACAUGUU